UUGACCACGACUGUAGUUUUGUGUUUGUGCAGUAUACAGGCAGCCUUUUUGUCUUUCUUGCAUGACUAACAUGACUGUUGCUUCUCUUUCAGAUGCUGUGUCUGACAUCCUGUCUGCCUCCAUGAAGCUCCUGGGCAGCUCUGAGAUCGCUGCUGCCUCCAUAGCCGAGAGGAGGCUCAUGCCUGCCGUCCAACAACUAGAAGAGCGGACUGAAGAAUCCUCGCUCGCCCCUGCCAAGGACGUUCUAGAACCCCUGGAGGUUCCGGAAACUAAGGUAGAGGAGGAAGUACUAUCUGUGGAGGGUGGAAUGGCAGUAGAAGCAGCAGCUGAAGAAGGCGAAGCAGUUGUCGUGGAAACCGAAGAGCCCAAACCAGAAGAGGAGGCUGUUGUUGCUGCCCCUGAUGUCGCAGAAGAGGAAGUGGUUGCCGAGGUGACCCCUGAGCCAGAGGAAGUAGUGCCGGUCACCGUAGAGGAGGCUCCAGCUGCUGUUGCAGAGGAGGAGGAGACAGCUGCACCUCCCCUAGAGGCCCCAGAGCUCCCUGCCGCUGUGGAAACACCUGAGGUGGAGGCUCCUGCAGAGGAGGAGGAGACCGCUGCACCUCUCCUAGAGGAGGCAGCAGAGCUCCCUGCCGCUGUGGAAGCACUUGAGGCGGAGGCUCCUGCUGAGGCACCAAUAGAAGAAGCACCAGCAGUAGAGGAAUUUGCCACAGUGGAAGAGGCAGCGCCAGUGGAAGAGACCCCAGCAGUGGAAGAGGUUGCAGUAGUAGAAGAGACUGCACCAGUUGAAGAGACCCCAGCAGUGGAAGAGGUUGCAGUAGUAGAAGAGACUGCACCAGUUGAAGAGACCCCAGCAGUGGAAGAGGUUGCAGUAGUAGAAGAGACUGCACCAGUUGAAGAGACCCCAGCAGUAGCCGGAGAGGUGCCAGUUGCAGAGAAGGAUGCCCCAGUUGAGGAAGCCGCUGAGGUGGAGGAACCAGCAGCAGAGGAGGCUGUGGAGGCAGCCCAAGUGUCCGAGGAUGAGGCACUCAUCGUGGAGGUGAUGAUGCUGGCAGCAGCCUCAGCCUUGGAUGUCGUCAAAGUAGAGGCAGAGGCAGCCCCGGCUGAGGAAGUCAAGGAGACCCUCUUCACUUCAUGCCAUGAAUGUGAAGCCCCAGCUUCUGAGGCUUCCCCAGUUCAGGCUGCGGAGGCAGAAGUCACCCCCAUGGAAGCAGAGGUUGUAGAGGCUGCAAGUGUGGAGGAAGUAGAGGCUCCCCUUGCUGGUGUGGAGGAGGCAGUCGUCGAGGGUGAGGCGGUCGUCGAGGGUGAGGCGGUCGUCGAGGGUGAGGUGACAGCCAAGGAGAGUGCCACCGAUUGGCCUGCUGAGGUGACCGCAGAGGCAGUGGAGGAAGCCAAGGUGGAAGGAGAGACUGCCAGGACAGUAAAAAGGUCCUGCUCAGUGAUGUAAUAGUACAGAAGGUGCACAGAGUAUGAGCCUGAUGUUGGUGACAGCCAGGUCCUGACUGGAGACCAGCGAGAUGUGCCUUCUGGAACAGUCAACACCCACAGCUGUCAAUCAAACAGGAUGAUCAACACAGAACACACAGAAUUAGAACUGGUUUGAAUUUGCUUCUAUAAUUCUAUUCAGCUGUAAUUAUUAUUUAAUUGUUGUCUAAUGACAGCAGUUGUCAACCUGGUCACUACAUUCCAGGUUCUCAUUCAGUUUCUUGGUCUUCUCCUUGUACUAUCCCUACCUAUGGUGAGGUGACACUUCUAUAAGGGUUUGAAGUCUGACUUUAUCCCUAGGGAGAGACCCAAAUGGUACCCUAUCCCCUAUAUAGUGCACUACUUUUGACCAGGGCCAUUUGGGACGCACAUCAACUAUUUUUUUUAGUAACACUGUUCCCCAAGUGCCACUAUUACAAAGCUGACCAAGACCACUUGAUUGUAUUUUAAGUUACUUGAUAGAUGAUCGUAUACUUGAAGGAAUGACGAUGGCUAGUAGAUUCUGACUGGAUUUUUUUUUUGGAUUCAAUGAAAGAAUAUCUGAAUUGGUGUAUAAACCAGUAGGCUAUUAGACAACAUCUAGAUGAUUGUGUUCUUGAAGGACAGAUGGGUUAGUUCUGCAUGGAGUUUUUUGAUUCAAUCAGGGAAUAUCUAGAGUAAGUCUAGUUCACAAGCCAGUAGACUGUUGGUAGACAGUAUUGUACCCAUGUGAUGUAAAAUGAAUAAUAUGUAAAAAAUAUAAUGUAUUUUUCAGUUCCGAUAAGAAUGUAUGUAAUAGUUUUGCAGGUGGGGUUGGUUGUGUGUGUGACACACAGUAUGGAAAUAAUAGUUGUCCAAACUAUCCUGUGGUUAUAUACAGUGCUUUCGUAAAGUAUUCAGACCCCUUGACUUUUUCCACAUUUUGUUACGUUACAGCCUUAAUCUA